GAAUAAGAAUAAAAGAAUCUGGAAAAGUUGAAGAAGAUAAAAUUAUAUUCAGUCCCCAAACCAGGAGAUCGACAAAGUAGGAAAUGCACAAUUUUGAGGAAGAGUUAACAUGUCCCAUCUGUUAUAGUAUUUUUGAAGAUCCUCGUGUGCUACCAUGCUCUCAUACAUUUUGUAGAAAUUGUUUGGAAAACGUUCUUCAGGCAUCUGUUAACUUUUAUAUAUGGAGACCUUUACGAAUUCCACUCAAGUGCCCUAAUUGCAGAAGUAUUAUUGAAAUUGCUUCAACUGGUAUUGAAUCCUUACCUGUUAAUUUUGCGUUAAGGGCUAUUAUUGAAAAGUACCAGCAAGAAGACCAUCCAGAUAUUGUCACCUGCCCUGAACAUUACAGGCAACCAUUAAAUGUUUAUUGUCUACUUGAUAAAAAAUUAGUUUGUGGGCACUGCCUUACCAUAGGUCAACAUCAUGGUCAUCCUAUAGAUGACCUUCAAAGUGCCUAUCUGAAAGAAAAGGACACGCCUCAAAAACUGCUCGAACAGUUAACUGACACAUACUGGACAGAUCUUACUCGUCUUAUUGAAAAGCUGGAAGAACAAAAAUCUCAUUCUGAGAAAAUGGUCCAAGGUGAUAAGGAAGUUGUUCUCCAGUAUUUUAAGGAGCUUAGUGAUACAUUAGAACAGAAAAAAAAAAUUUUCCUGACGGCUCUGUGUGAUGUUGGCAAUCUGAUUAAUCAAGAAUAUAUUCCACAAAUUGAAAGAAUGAAAGAAAUGAGAGAGCAGCAGCUUGAAUUAAUGACACUGACAACAUCUUUACAAGAAGAGUCUCCACUUAAAUUUCUUGAAAAAGUUGAUGAUAUCUGCCAGCGUGUGCAGAUCUUGAAACAGAAACCACUUCCUGAGGUCCAGCCUGUUGAAAUUUAUCCUCGAGUAGGCAAGGUAUUGAGAGAGGAAUGGAACAGAAUAGAAAUUGGACAAAUUAAGAAAGUUCUCAUUCCUGAAAUGAAAAUUUCUUCUAACAGGCUGCCAUGUUCCUGGCCUGAUAAGGAUGAAAAAGAAGUUGAAGUUUUUAAAGCUUUAAAUAUAGUUACACUAAUUUCAGUGAUAUUGAUGUUGAUACUUGUUUUCAACCAACACAUAACCUUUGUAAAUGAAAUCACUUCGAUAUGUUUUUCUGAAGUCUCUCUAUCUGUUUACCAAAGUUUAUCUAACAAUAUGCAUGAUUUAAAGAACAUAUUAUGUCAUACUUUGUAUUUGUUGAAGGAAUUCAUAUGGAAAAUGAUUUCUCAUUGAAAACAAAUCUGAAUUGUUUAAAUGGGUUAGUACAGCAGUUACUAACCAUUGCUAAGUGGAGGAAUAGAAGUAGCAUGGAUAAAUAAAUAGCAAACUAAACUAUUAGAAUUGCAACAAGCAUAAAUAUGUAGAAAUGUUAAACCUUUCAUGCUGUUGGACAGAAAAGCGUCAUAGUUAGAGAAAGAAUAUCUAAAACAUUAAAACCAAGUCAUUAUUAGAAAACUACUAUAAAAUCUACUAAUUACUUAAAUAUCUAUUGUAUAUUAUCCCUUUUUUUUGGCUUGAUAGAAGUUGACUUUAUGUUGCUGUGACUUUAAACAUUCCUGUAUCAAUAUUAUCUUUUACCAUAUACUGCACUGGUUGGCUUUGCAGCUCCAUAUGUAUAUGUAGCUUUUACAUUAAAAGAUGGAAAUCCUGAAAAGGGCAUACACCUUGAUUUUGAUGUGGCUUGAAGCUUUUGAGUGGGUGAAUAAGGAUGGUAAAGUCUUGUCAGUCAAAUCAGUUCUUGGAUUAAAAACUCAAACAAGUUACUAGAACAGAAUCACGUUGGUAACACAUUCCAUCCUCAACAGAUGGCAUCGUGUGAACUGUUUAUCUUAAAAAUCAUCUUAGAUUUUCUAUCUGCCAGUGUUCCCUUAUGCUAAUGGAAAGUACCAACUAUUUAAUCUUAUAUUGCUGAACUUUGCUUAACAUAGAGCCUUCCUAUUAAGAAGCCAAAACCCAUUAGUUCCCGUUUUAACAGGGACUGGAAGUUGCGUGCUUAUCAUAGGACUUUUGCCUAUUGUCCAUGCAACCCUAAGUACAAACUGAUCUGCUUUCCAUAAAUUCCAAAUGGCUCCUCUUGGAUCUAUCUCUAGUGGAACAUUACCUAGUUCAAAAGACUUUACAGAUCAGAUUAUGGAAUGCUCCUGGCCCUGUAGAUUACAUGUAAAUAAAUAUAGCUGUAUUCAGGGAACUAGUUCUAAAACACUAGGUCCUCCUAAUGUCUUAUCUGUUGAGGAAAAGAGUCUUAAUACUAAGAUGAUGGUAUUAAGUCAAUUUUUGAUCAGAAUCAGACUAUACCUAGCACAAAUAACUAUUGUGUGGGCAAAGAGCAUUUGAAGGGUGUAAAGGUUAAGGGGAAGAUAUAUAUAGUCAGCUAUUACGAUAGAAAUACAUAUAAUUACACUGAAGUUGCAGUGAUUUGAUUACUUAAAAUGUUAGCUUCUACACCAUAAAUGGUGCCCUGUCCUUUUGAAUAAAUGUAAAAAUAUUAGUAAGCAAUGAAGUGUUAUAUGUCACGUACUUAAUAUCAUAUUUCUUAAGUGGGAUUAUUAAUCCUUUUUGUAGUUGAGGAAACAGACCAAAAGUAAUUUGCCAAAGGUCAUACAGGUAGUAUGUGGGAAAACAUGUAUUAUCUUUAGAGUUCAUGCUGUCAAACUUUUAAAGGAUUUAAUAAGUCAAGGUUAUUGUUAAUAAAUUACGGUUUCUAACCUGUAAGAAUUAUUUAUAGCUAAAAAAUGAAGUAUGUGCCUAUUAAUACCAUUUUAGGCUUGACAUUGAUAUUUUGUAACUUGCCAGUUUUUAGUACUUUUUGAUAAAUUUUAUAAAGUGCACGAAUAUAGUUACGUAUACAAGUAACAUUCUUACACAUGCUGUUCUUUUGUAUUUAACGAGAUUGUACAAUUUUAAAGUAUAUAAAGUAUUUCUAAGUCUUAUGUAUAACAAGUUUAUAUUUUAAUAAAUUCAUUUUGAUAUUUGCAUUGAGUGGCUUAAUGCACUCAAACUCAGGAA